GAACUCAAUCAUUGUUUGUCGCGAUUUUCGGCUUGCUGUGCAUUGCCUAAUAUAUUUAUAUAGACACGCUCCGCAGCAAUUCGUCGAAGUCGAAAUGGAUACUUGGACUUGGUCGCUACUCGUCGCAAGUUUAGGCUUGCUGUACUACUAUUUCAAGAAAAAGCUUAACUACUUUGAAGAAUUGGGAAUACCAUACGUACCGGGAUGGCCUCUGUUCGGAAACAUGGCAAGUGUCUUUUUCCGCAAAAGUCACCUAAACGAUACAGUGAAGCACAUCUAUAACGCACAUCCAGAGGCAAAGUACGUUGGCUUUUUCGAUUUUGGAUCGAGACCGGUGAUAAUGCUGCGAGAUUUGGAUCUCAUAAAAUCUGUCGCCAUAACGAACGCUGAUAAGUUUCCGGAUCAUUUACCCUUCGUUCACGGAUCCAUAGAUCCGCUAUUCGGAACUGAUCUCUUCAAUACUCUAGGAGACCAAUGGCGAGAAUUGAGAAGUCUACUCACUCCAGCAUUGACGCCAAGUAAGCUGAAGGGGAUGUUUCCCUCAAUGAUCGAGUGCGCUCAAAAUUUGGUUAGCUAUAUCGAAGACUUGCCACCUAAUUCUAGAAAAUUAAUCAACACGAAAGAGUUGUUCACCAAAUCUACCAACGACAUCAUAACCACUUGUGCCUAUGGAAUAAGUGUCGAUUCUCUCAAGGAUCCCAAUAACGCGUUUUACGUUUUCGGUAAUAAAGCAGCUAAUCUGGACGGGCACGUAGGUCUCAAAAUUUUUAUCAUGCGAUCUCUCUCAACAGCAUCGAGACUUUUGAGACUUAAGUUUGUGAGCGACGAGAAUUGCAAGCGCUUCACGGAUCUCAUAAGAACCGCAGUGAAAACUAGAGACGACAAUGGCAUCAGCCGACCAGAUAUGCUUCAACUCAUGAUGGACGCACGUAAGGACACGAAGACAGUAGAUCUCGAUCCAUCACUAAUGGCAGCCCAGGCAUUUUCUUUCUUCUUGAGUAAUUUCGACUCGUCCGCGACACACAUGUGCCUGAUGGCUCACGAACUGGCCAUAAACCCGGACAUCCAGGAUAAGCUGCAGAACGAAAUAGACGACGUCUUGAAGGAAACGCAAGGAAAUCUAACCUACGAGGUAAUCAAUGGCAUGCAGUAUUUCGACGCUGUUUUCAACGAGACCCUUCGAAAACAUGCUCAAGGCACGGGAGCCAUCGAUCGAGUUUGCAAAGCGAGUUUUGAAUUUCCUCCGGCAUUGUCAGGCGGUAAACCCGUUACAUUGAAACCUGGUGCCAAUGUAUGGAUUCCGUCGGUGGCGAUACACGCCGAUCCGCAGUAUUACGAAGAGCCUGAUAGAUUCGAUCCUGACAGGUAUUACAAGAAAAAAGUUAAUGCCAAGAAUGCGCCCAAUCUCGGUUUUGGAAUAGGACCACGAGGAUGCUUGGGGGUGCGGUUUGCUGUAAUCGAAGUGAAAAUUUUAUUCUUCUAUCUGCUAUCGAAGUUUACCCUGAAACGAACUGAGAAAACUUGUUCACCAUUGGUAUACGAUAAGAGGAAUUUGUUCUUGGUGGCAGAAGGAGGAUAUUUCUUGGACAUCGAGCCUCGAAAUUGAGUUACAACCACGAUAACGAGUCACAUAGUAGUCAAAAUGAUGUAUAUUUUUAUGAAGUGUAUUGAAUAAAUUUUUAUAUUUAAAUGUU